UCGCACACUCAAUCACCUUUACAAAUUAAAUACAACGAAUAACAUGUACAAAAUCGCUCUUAGAAAGGAUGUCUGUGACUCUCAUAACAGCGCUGGACAAGCAUUUGUGAAAAGUCGUGGACGGGCAACAGCAACCACAAACAAUCCAGCACGACCAUACUCCCGAGGAAUGGCUCUUGGUGGCAUGCAACCACAAUCGAAGGAAACAAAUAAACAGUGCGUCGGCAACGUUAACACGCUACAAGCUGUGACACAGAUCUCUCCAUCCUAUCAACGUAUGGAGAUGGGUGGUCUGACAUCCAAGAAAAAUACAGCCGGUUUGACUUCCAGGAAGAAUCCAACCAACAAGGAUACUCGCACACAACAUCCUGAGAAGUCACCCAGCUUGAAGCAGAGAAGGCGCAGUUUCAACCCUUUCAAGAAAGUGAAACGCAAUGUGAUUCUUAAAGAGAGUUCAUUGGCCUCGACGUGGGCAUUACGCCCAACAGAGGAAAAGACGAAAUCGUUUGAUACUACAAGUCAGAGUGACACUAUGAGCUUGUUUAGCUUUCAAGUUUAGGUGGUCGAUCGAAUGAAUUUUAUCACUGGAUUUGUACUACUCAGAGUUCGACAAACAAAAAAUAUUUUAGCAAACUGGAGAUAAAAAUAACUUGAAACACCGUAUAUACUCGUCAAAGUUACAACAUUUAAGCCUUAGUUGACUCAUGGCACACCAUCUACCCGCCAUUAGUACACGACGAUGUAUUUCAAACUUCAUGCCUUGUACAAUUCUCGAAUGGUGGCCUGUAACUGGAUUUGAAGAAGGAUAGUCGUUAUUACUCUAUUAACUGUGAAAAAUUAAACUCGAUACGAUUUUUCUUCUAGAGUAGAACACAACACCUAUGAUUCUACCUCUCACAUAUUGUUAUAUUGCAUAUUCGAAAGCCUGUAUUUCUACCUCUCACAUAUUGUUAAAUU